CUCCGAUUACCUCUUGAAAAUAAUAAUAAAAAUUGCAUCGGGGUAUCCUACUCUAAUUGCACUUUUAUCGAGAUAUUGCGUAAUACAGGUCCUGUUCUUCCCGGAUAUCGAAGGCAUAGAUACUACCAUGGCGCUCAACCUAAUCGUCCUAUUUCCUAUUAUCCUCAUUCUUCUAAGAAUAAUUUACGAGCGCAUACGAGAUAGCAAACUCCCUCCAGGCCCUCCUCGUCUUCCACUUAUCGGAAACCUCCACCAAGCACCAGCCGAGCUUCCCUGGCGGACAUUCCGAGAAUGGACUCAACGAUACGGCCCCAUAAUCAGCGCCCAAUUUGGCCAUAAUACCGUCAUCAUGAUUGGUGAUGCUACAAUAGCACGAGAUCUGUUGGUAAAGAGAGGGCACAUAUACAGUGACCGUCCUCAGAUGGUGAUGGCGAACAACGUAACCAAAGGAUUGCAUUUACUUUUCCGGCGCUACAAUGAGCGGUAUAAACUUCACCAACGCCUCGAUGCACCGGUGCUUAGUCCUAGGGCCUCCAUUACGUAUCAUCCGGUCCAGGAUCUCGAGAGCAGGCAAUCGAUGCAUGACCUGCUCUCAACGAAUAACUUCACGAAAGUGUUCGAACGCUUUUCGGCAAGCGUGAUUUAUGGACUUGCGUAUGGGACGCGCUUGCAUACAGGCGAUGAGGUUAUGCUCAAGGAUGCGCAUAGAGUCCAGCAGAACUUUGUAUAUGCAGCUCGUGUCGGUACAUGGAUCGUGGAUGCUGUGCCUAUCUUGAAUUAUCUACCGAGAUUUCUGGCCCCCUGGAAGAAAAUCGGUGAUGAGUUCUAUGAACUUGAGAAAAAUCUGCAUUUAGGCAAUAUGUGCACUGGCUUUGCUAGCAAAAGUUGGAAUUGGACCAAAGAAUUUUCCAAGUCCAAGGAAGCAGCUACCAUGUCGCAGAUCGAAUUAGCCUAUAAUGUGGGAAUCCUUGCUGAUGCCGGCCUUGACACUACCCAACUACAGAUGAGAAUGUUCGUGUUGGCUGCUUUGUCGUAUCCGGGGUUUAUCCCCAAAGCGCAGAAAGAACUAGAUGAGGUAGUAGGGCCUGACAGGCUCCCUACCUUCGAAGAUCAGAAGAACUUACCUUACAUCUCUGCCAUUGUCGAGGAGAAUCUACGAUGGCGCGGAAUUAUCCCAGGCGGCGUUCCACACGCUACCUUGCAGGAGGAUAAUUAUAUGGGAUAUCGCAUCCCUAAAGGAGCCACUAUUGUGUGGCUGGCGUGGGCAAUGGCACUGGAUGAGCAUGCAUUUGAACGACCACUUGAAUUUAUUCCUGAGCGAUGGCUUGAAGAAUCUACGAUCCCCGAUAGGAAACCCCGUUUUGUUAAUUUCUUCGGAUACAGCCGUCGUAUCUGCACUGGCAGGCAUAUCGCACGAAAUUCGCUGUUCAUUCUCAUAGCUCGAGUGCUCUGGGGAUUCAAUAUCAAACACGCAGUUGAUGAACGAGGAAAGGUCAAGGAAGUUGAUGAUAUGGCGAUGACAUCUGGUUUUGUGCAGUGUCCAAUGCCGUUUGAAGCGGUGUUUGAGCCACGGAGUGCACAGGCAAAGGCGGUUAUUGAAAAUAGUUGGCAUACGGCAGAGAAAAAUCUUGAUGUUAUUAUGGAUUCAGUAAGGGAGUCACAGAUUGCGGCUGGUUUGAAGGUUCAGGUUUAAAUAACUGCGCUGCCACGGUGUACUUUUGAAUUCUGUUGGAUAUAAUUACAGCUUGUCUCUCUCUCUCUUACCCCCUUUCUUUGCCUCUUUUUUACUACUGUGCAAGGGUUAUUCUCUCUAUAGAGCAUAGAUAAACUGAGUAACACUAGUUAGUAUUUGACCACUCAAGUGUAAUGACUGGUAAAUAUAUGUUCAUUUUUCUCAG